AUGGAGGCAAAUUAUUUGCGUCAUAUGAGUCGGGAAAGAAGCCGUAAACGUCAGCGAUCCUCUUCAACAAUUGAAACAGAGAGUCAACACAGUUGUCAAAAUCUUGAAGUUCCACAUGGGAAUUCAGGAAGUCAACCAAGAUCAUCCUCUUCUCAGGUUGCUGAUAAUGAGUAA